AAGGGUGUGGCCCCUCAUUGUGCUGGGAGGGGUAUACAUUGGAUGAUCAAGAGCUCUGAGUAGACCACUGGGACACUUCAGCAUGGCAAAGGUGACCAGUGAACCACAGGAGCCUAAUGAAGGUGUGGACAAACAGACCCCACCAACCCCAAGUACCAAAGGGAGGAAGAAGGGGAAGACUCCCUGUCAACGAAGGUCCAGAUGUGGCGUUAAGGGCCUAAAGACCACCAUGAAGGCGAAAAGACCCCUCCAAGGGAGCACCAGCAAAAAAGCCUCUGAAAGUAACACCCCUAGAGGAAAACCUAAGAAAGCUAGAGGAACAAUACCGCGUGGUCACUACCGCCGGCUGAAAGAACAAAUGAAGAAAGAAGAGGCCGGCAAAGACCAAGAGACGGUGGAGAACGCCACCGUUUCAAGUGAUGACACGAGCAGCCAAUAAUUUCAAAGGGAGAAGAGAGACCUCAGCUGUGUGAUGUCUCUAGAGGUCUGCCACUGAAAAGUCAUCAAACAUACAGACAGUGAAUUCUACACCAACAGGUUAAAACCAUGAAAAUAAAAUCAACCUGAAUCCAAA